AUGGAAAAGUCGGUCAACGUCCUCGGCCAGCCGCUGCAGGUCUGCGGCACCGACCCCGUCACUGGCUUCUUUCGCGACGGAUACUGCAACACAUCGCCCUCGGACUCGGGCGCCCAUACCGUCGGAGCCGUCGUAUCGUCUUCCUUCCUCGACUUUUCCGCUUCGAGAGGCAACGACCUCCGUCCCAUCCUGAAGGACGGCUGCAGCUGGUGCCUGUGCGUGUCGCGCUGGAAGGAGGCCCUCGACGCCCACCGCGCCGGUCAGCUGCCCUCGCACGGCGUACCCAGGGUCAAGCUCGACGCCACUCACCAAAAGGCUCUCGACAAGGUCACCAUCGACGACCUCAGGGCUUUUGCCCUUGACGACAAGGAUGGUCAGAGGGGCGGGCCCAUCAGGUGA